CAUGGUGAGGGGAGUGAAUCCUGUCCAAAGAGAUGUGUUUCCUCUUCUCCAAGGAACGACAAUUUCUCCAUUCAUAUCUGAGGAUAACUGAAUGGUGUGUGGAGGGCAGAAUUUGAAAGAUACACAAGAAAAAGUGGAAUCUGCUUAGUUUGUUCUUGGGUCAUCCUUCAUAUCUGGAUAACUAGUGUCAUUUUGCUUCUACUUGUCUUGCUCUACACUUGUAACCUUUCCAGUCAUUCAAGGAUCUGUGAAUGAGAGAACUGUCAGAAACCAAGACAGUGAGGAGCAGGUGAGCCACUGCCAUGGCUUCAGGAAUCCUGAUGAACAUACAAGAGGAAGUGACCUGCCCCAUUUGCCUGGAGCUUCUGACAGAACCCCUGAGCCUUGACUGUGGCCACAGCUUCUGUCAAGCCUGUAUCACUGCAAACAACGAGGAAUCCACAGUUGGCCAAGAGGGGCACAAAAGCUGCCCUGUCUGCAGAGUUAGUUUUGAGCCUGGGAACCUACGGCCUAACAGGCAUGUGGCCAAUAUAGUGCAGAGGCUCCGAGAGGUUAAGGUGAGCCCAGAGGUGGAGCAAGAGAGAAAUCUCUGCGCUCACCAUGGAGAGAAGCUCCAGCUCUUCUGUGAGCAGGAUGGGAAGGUCAUUUGUUGGCUUUGCGAGCGAUCUCAGGAGCACCGAGGUCACAACACAUUCCUCGUGGAGGAGAUUGCACCACAGUACCAGAAAAUGCUCCAAUCAUGUCUGCAGAGGCUGAACGGGAAAAAACAGGAAGCUGAGGAGUUGGAAAUUAAAGUCAGAGAAGAGAUGUCUACUUGGAAGACUCAAAUACAAACUGAAAUGCAAAGUGUCCAGGGAGAGUUUACAAAACUAAGACAAAUCCUGGACAGUGAGGAGGCGAAGGAACUGAGAAAACUGAAGGAUGAGUUGGGAGUUAUUCUCAAAGAGCUGGCAGAAUCUGAGAAUGAUCUGGUCCAAGAGAAGCUGUUGGUGAGCAGUCACAUCUCAGAUGUGGAGCGCCGUUUGCAGGGAUCAACAAUGGAACUGCUGCAGGAUGUGAAUGUUAUCCUGAAAAGGAGUGAAACCGUGGCUCUGAAAGAGCCAAAAACUUUCCCCAAGGAACACAGGAGAGUGUUUCGAGCUCCUGAUCUGAGAGACAUACUGCGUGUGUUUAAUGAGCUGACAGAUAUGCAACGCUACUGGGUUCAGGUGACCCUGAAUUCUCCCAAGAAUGCAAAUGUCAUUUCUCCGGAUCAGAGACAAGUGAGAUAUGCAUCCAGUUACCAAUGCUAUAAUGCAUAUUCGAAUGAUAAUUAUGAAGAUUUUGGUAUCCUGGGCUCCCCAGUUAUCACAUCAGGGAGACAUUACUGGGAGGUAGACGUGUCAGAGAAACGUGCCUGGAUCCUGGGGAUAUGUGAUGCAAACUGUAAAAAUAUCAUGAAGUUACCAUUAGAACUUGGAAAUUAUGGAAAUGGAAAUUGUCAAAAUGUUUACUCAUUAUAUAAACCUAAAAAUGGAAAUUGUGGAAAUGGUAAAAAUGUUUAUUCAAGAUAUCAACCUAAAAAUGGCUAUUGGGUCAUAGGGUUAAAACAGGGUUCUGUGUAUAAUGCCUUCUUAGAUUUUGGGAUUUCAACCCUCUCCCUGGGUGUUUCUCCCCAUCGUGUUGGGGUUUUCCUAGACUAUGAGGCUUGCUCUGUCUUAUUUCUCAAUGUCACCAACCAUGGGUUUCCCAUUUAUAAAUUCUCUUCAUGUUACUUUCCUCAGAAAAUAGUUCCAUAUUUCAAUCCUAUGAACUGUCAUGCCCCCAUGACUGUGUGCUCACCAAGCUGUUGAGUUUUCUUACACUCACACCCACUCCUCUAUAGGGCCCCUUACCGUAGGUGCAUCUAACACACCUGUGCUUCUCUGCAACAUUCUUACCGGUUUUCCUUGCUGCCUCUCUUUUUUUCCAUUUGAACAUCCUUCAUUCAUUAGGAGGGUGAACAAUUUCCCUUGUGUCCUAUUUUCCCCAAAAUUAUGUAUGUGUUAGAAAAUCUUAAUUAAUUUUCCGUACUCCAUGCUAAAAUGAUGGAUGCCCCAUAAAGAAAGAGCAGUAUGAUGUAACACCUUUGCCAAAUUUUACAGUCUCAUUUACUCUGCCCCUGACUGAGAAAAUGAAAGAAAGCUUUUCAAAAAUGUUUGUAUAUUCAACCUAAUAUAGGAGUCCCUCACUAAAGAGUGAGUGCUGAGCUGUGUCUCAGUUUAUCCAUGAUGCCAAUAUUCAUUAAGAAAUUGAGGGAAAAAUAUCAUAAAUGACAUGUACUAACAAUCAUAGUUUUGUGUCAGAGGGUCUAAGUUCAAGCCCUGUCUCUACAUAUUAGAAGUGUAAACUUGAAUAGCAUGUUUAAGUGAUGUUAUUUUCUUAAAAUAAUCUUAUUAUAAAAUUGUACCAUACAUAAGAUCAUUAUGAAAAAAUAAAUGCAACUAAGUGUAAAGCUUAUAACUGUCUCAAUAAUAAAUAUUUUAUCUAUUAAUUACUAAACAAUAUAACCUAUACCAGUGUUUCAUUAAACAGAUUUGUUCCUUCAGGAAUACAAUGGUUCUUUUCACUGAAGUCUCAUUUUUCAGAUCCUAGAUAACUUUGUGCUGCUGUCAAGACUAUUCUACCCCUUCCUGCCAUGGAGAAUUGUGUAACUGUAUAUUUGUGUGAUCACAGAAUUUUAUUAUAAUUCUUAUGUUUCUACAUAAUAGCUCUUAUCAAGUAAAUGAAAUUCUAUGGAGUUCAGUUUCUCACUUAAAAAAAUCACCUGAUUAAUAUUGUGACAAUUAAACAAUACAACAUUUGCAAUAACUUCUGUAAUUUCUAGCCCAUAGGGGUAGCCCAGUAUAAAUGUCUAUUCCUUUUUGAUUCCUCCUCACUGUAUUGAAAUAAAAUAUUUUCAGAACAUGUUA